UCAUGACAUCAUGAAGCGAUUCCUCGGGGCCCGCGAGACACAUGUCACAACAAGGGGAACUUAUUUCUGCGAAAAUAUGACGCAUGUGAUAAAACGAACUUCAUUUUCCAGCCCAGUGAAAAAUUUUGCAAGGUGGCGCAACGUAUUUGUAGACAGUUUCAAGUUAUAUUCCGUCGUAAGAUAGUAGCCGGCUAGUAGUUUAAUGUGAAUGUUGAACAAGGACUUAAACUAACUUGAAAUUGAUCUAUCACUAUUCCUAAGGCAGUGCCAGCAGUUUACAAACUUAACACGUCGCACCAUAGUUACAUGAAAUACACCGCCUGAAAACUGAAAGGUCAUGGCCAUGAGCUCUCCUGGUAUACCUUUGAGAACAUCAGAGGAUGCCGAUACAGUUUUUAACAGCAGUGUCUUUCCCACAUCUACUGCAGAUGGGGAUAAAAUAUCAGGUGUGCCACUGGUUUCAGACCUCGAACUGAAUGACAGAAGACAUUCGGAAGGAGAUGGUCCUUUACGAGCAGCCAGUAGCACUUCAAAACAGGACUGCAGAGGCACCACUGUAGAUGACCUGCCAGAUGAACUGAUGCUGGAGAUUUUCUUGUAUGUGAGCUUCAGUGAAAACAUUAAAGUUUUACAGAACGUGUGUACUCGCUGGAGAAUUCUGGCCCAGGACGCUCAUUUGUGGCUUCACGAGAAGUACAUUGUUAGACAGGAAACGAGUGAAGAGGAGGCUAUUGCGACAUUUGCUGCUGCACCACAGCUGCGAACUGUGAUUCUGGACAAAGAAGUCUCACCCAGGGUCUUUGAGGCUCUAUCCAGAAGCUGCCCACACCUGACCACUUUGGAGAUGAAUCUUUUUCAGAUGCUGACUUGCUCGGAAGCUGACAACCUGUUUGUUGGCUGUAGAGAGAUCCGCACACUGUCCAUUUCCGUGAGGGGUCUCCAGGCGAACAUGAGGUUGUUGGAUGCCGUGGCACGGCUGGCACACCUGCGAGUGCUGCACAUACAGCAUGUUGAAAUUGCGGACGAGGUGAUUCUGCUGCGCAUUUUAGCUGAGGGCUGCCCACAUAUAUGUGAUUUGCGCCUCGGUGGCAGUUGUGGCCUAUGCUACCGGAUUCGAGAUGCCGAGUAUUUCAUCAGUUCCCAUAAAUGUGUGCUCAAGGGCCUGCGUACCAGGUUGACAUCAGUUGAGGGCAGGAGUAUUGCUCCACUGCUGCCUGCUUGCGCCGAGAUGCUGGAGCACCUCGAGCUGAUAGACCACGACGAGAACAGUGUCGAGGAAGCCAUGGAAACACUCACUGCCCUGGGGAAACUCCACAACCUGCGCUGUCUUCACUUCGGUACCACUAAAUGGGAAGUCCGACAUUUGGUUCCUGCUGUGUUUGAGAAUGGACGAUUGCAGAAACUACAGCAGCUUCAGCUGAGUUACAUUGUGGAGGAGAAGACGGUGUGUGCUGUGGCAGAGCACUGCCCUGAUCUGCAAGAACUUGAACUGCUCAGAUGCGAGGGACACACGGACGCUCUUUUUGAGCCACUCCGCCGACUCAAAAAGCUGGAAACACUGAAAAUUACUUAUUGUCAAUGUCUUGGUGGAAAAGCAAUGUCAUACAUAGCUAAGCUGCCAGCAUUGAAUGCUUUGGAAUUCAGUGACAUUAAAUUUUAUAAGUUAAAACCCAGUGUAAAAUGCAUCCUUGAAAUGUCAGAGCUGCGCAGACUUUUCCUCAGGGAAUGUAUCUGCUGGGCCGUACCAUUUGACAAGUUUCCUGGCAGACUGGUGAACCUCAGAGAGCUGGAGAUAGACUAUUGUGAUGGAGACCAAGACGUGCUGGACAGAAUUAGUGCCCAGAUGCCAGACCUGAGGGUGAAGGGCACCCUCGGGGCACUCAUCACAGAUGAUAGUUACGAAGAGGGUGACUACGAGUGACACCAUUUCCAGCGUCUGCGCACACUCGGCACCUGGAGCUGGGGAGCGGUGGGACUGGCACACUGCUGGAAGCUGCGCGCUGGUGUUCCAAAGACCCUGACUACAAAACUCAGCCUGUGCUCCAUUUUUUUAGUGUUGUCAGCUUCAGCAGGGUAUUGGAUGCCUGAAAUGGGAAAGGGGAACAAAAGACAAUAUAACAAUGGUGAAGAUUUUAGUUACUGCAGAUGUGUGAAGUGCCUCAGUUUUGUUUUAAAUUAUUCCAUUUACUUAUCAAUGACUUGAGUGACUCUGUGUUAUUGGAAAUUCUACCGGCACAAAUAAAAAUUAGUUUUUGGAGUAUUA